AGGGCUAAAGAGAGGGUGCAGGAGGAAUCCUCAUUGAGGGCUGCACCAAAGGUUUCUGCAGCAGUCGGAUCCCCCGCCCUGCUAUGCGUGCUAUAUAGCGGAACGUGCUACCUAAUCGCUCACCUAGCCGCUAAUUCCCUACCGGGAGUCAUCACUCUAUGUUACCAUGAAAGAGCUUAAAUGUUACGAGGAGACCGAGGAGUCCAAGGCCGAGCCGCCCAACGGCCUGGACAGCCGGCCCCUGGACAUAGUGCCCGGCACCGACGACAAGAUGAUGGAGCGGGGCCAGUGGGGCAACAAGAUCGAGUUUGUCCUGUCGGUGGCCGGCGAGAUCAUAGGCCUGGGCAACGUGUGGCGCUUCCCCUACCUGUGCUACAAGAACGGAGGAGGUGCCUUCUUCAUCCCAUACCUUAUCUUCCUGUUUGCGUGUGGAAUCCCCGUGUUCUUCCUGGAGACUGCUCUGGGCCAGUACACCAGCCAAGGAGGCAUCACAUGCUGGAGGAUGAUCUGCCCACUGUUUGAAGGGGUUGGCUUCGCUACGCAGGUGAUCGUGGCUCUGCUGAACGUCUACUACAUCGUAGUGCUGGCGUGGGCUAUCUUCUACCUCUCCAACUCUUUCACCUGGGACCUACCCUGGGCCUCCUGCAACAACACAUGGAACACAGAUUCCUGUAUGGAGUUCCAGAGGGGCAACAGUUCUAUCAAUCAGCGUCGCAACGCCACCUCCCCUGUCAUUGAAUUUUGGGAGCGGCGGGUUCUUCGCAUAUCUUCAGGGAUCGAUCAGAUUGGCUCUCUGAACACAGACCUGGUUAUCUGUCUGGCGGUGGCCUGGGUCGUCUGCUACUUCUGCAUAUGGAAGGGAGUCAAGUCCACUGGCAAGGUGGUGUACUUCACAGCCACCUUCCCCUACAUCAUGCUGGUGGUACUGCUCAUCAGGGGGGUCACCCUUCCAGGGGCCUACCUGGGCAUCCAGUUCUACCUCUACCCCGACCUGGGCCGGCUCAGCGACCCUCAGGUGUGGAUGGACGCUGGCACUCAGAUAUUCUUCUCCUAUGCCAUCUGUCUGGGCUGCCUCACCGCCCUGGGAAGCUACAACAAGUACAACAACAACUGCUACAGGGAUUGCCUGUCGCUGUGCUUCCUGAACAGUGGCACGAGCUUCAUAGCCGGCUUCGCUAUAUUCUCCAUCCUGGGCUUCAUGGCCUUCGAACAGAACGUACCCAUCUCAGAAGUGGCAGAAUCUGGUCCCGGCCUGGCCUUCAUAGCCUACCCGCGGGCGGUGUCCAUGAUGCCGUUCUCCCCGCUGUGGGCCUGCUGCUUCUUCAUCAUGAUCUGCUUCCUGGGACUAGACAGCCAGUUUGUGUGUGUGGAGAGCCUGGUGACGUCCAUGGUGGACAUGUAUCCUUCCACCUUCCGCCGCAAGAACCGCCGGGAGCUGUUUAUCCUGCUGAUCGCCGUCAUCUCCUUCCUGCUGGGUCUUAUCAUGCUCACAGAGGGAGGCAUGUACAUCUUCCAGCUCUUUGACUACUAUGCAGCCAGUGGCAUGUGCUUGCUCUUCGUUGCCGUUUUCGAGACAGUUUGCAUCGCUUGGAUUUAUGGAGCCGACCGUUUCUAUGACAACAUCGAGGACAUGAUCGGAUACCGACCUGGCCCUGUGAUUAAAUACUGCUGGCUUUUCUUCACACCUGCUACAUGCCUCGGGACCUUUGCCUUCUCCCUGAUCAAGUACACUCCGCUCAAGUACAACAACGAGUACACCUACCCCUGGUGGGGCUACGGUCUGGGCUGGAUCCUGGCCUUGUCCUCCAUGAUGUGCAUCCCUCUGUUUGCGGCGGUGAAGAUCUACUACACCCCAGGGACGCUGAAAGAGAGGCUCACCUUCCUCUGCACCCCCUCCCUCGACUUGCCCAAGUCCAAGCUGGCGCAGGAGAAACUGCUCGGCAUCUUCGCGGCCGACGGAGACAGCUUGUGUCAGAAGGCUCCGCCCACGAAGGACGGCUACUUCCCCGUGGACGAGAAGGAGUCCCACUGCUAGAGCUCACAGACACCGGGGGCUUCUCUAGGACGACCGGUGUUCAUUGGUGACGAUGGAAAAAAAACGGGGAGCACAGAGGAACAGCAGCAGCCGGUCUCAUCCGAUCUCCUCCGGUCUUAUCCGACCCGACAACGUAGCAAUGCUCUGGCUGCUUGCUCCUGCUUCUUCAGAACCCGUCUCCAUGGCAGCGGUGAGGGGCUAUCGGGCUCCCCCCUCGGCCUACCAUAUACACCUCACCCAUGAUGGAUCUGGCCAAUAUGGGUGGUUAACACAUGCACAUUCACACAAGCACAAACAAGCGAACAGACAAACAAACACACAGACACACAGACACAGACACAGACACAGACACACACACACACACACACACACACACACACACACACACACACACACACACACACACACACACACACACACACACACACACACACACACACACACACACACCACACACACACACACACACACACACACACACACAAAUACACACUCAUGCAGACACACAAACAGACACAUAUUUACAGACACGCACACAGAGACACAAACAUGCAUACACACACACACACACACACACACACACACACACACACACACACACACACACACACACACACACACACACACACACACACACACACACACACACACACACACAAACACUGCAUAGAUGAGGUGGAACGUGAUGUCUCACCCUCUGUGUUGUACAGCAUUUGAACUAGCAAACUUGUUUUUUAGACAGUAAAAGUAAAUUUUCAACUUGAUCAUGUAUGCUUUCUAAGGAAGCAUUUUUUGUUUGUUUGUUUUUUUCCUUUUCAUGGACAGCUAAUGUACAGUUUGAUGGACAUUGUUGUUAAGAUAAAAGUGUACUGUUUGUCGAUUGUCCUGACUGGCUGAACUGACUGCCAGAGAUGGCAUUAAAAUGCUAUCAGUUGAAUAGUUCAUAAAUUCUAAAUUGGCAUAUAUUUCUAAAUGUUGGGAAAUACUGUACCUGGUCAGACUUUCUGGAGUACUGUUUAGGUCUCUUUGCUACCAACUACUGAAUACCAAGAUGAUCACUAAAUGUGUAUAAUUUGUCAAUCAGCACUGAAAUGCUAAAAUAUAUAUGAAUUCUAACUUUUUUUUACAAAGGUAAUGAAAAUGUCUCAUUGCUGAUGAUUUUAUAUCAUUAUAAUUUAGAAAAUCAAUUAAAACGUAAUUACAAUACUGUACACAAGAAAUGCUUUUUAAACCUGUUUUUUUUUGUGAUGUAAGCUAGAGAAUUCCUUGGGGCAUUCAUUUGAAAAUAAUACAUUUUUGGUUUUGAAUUGUGUUCCAAGGCUGAUAAAUAUUCACAUUUUUUUUCUUAAAUGUUCUCUUUGUUAUUUUGAUACAUCCUUCAAGUGUCAUAUUCGUGUGGAUUAAAAAAUAUUGUACAGAAAUUUGAAAUGCAAUCAAACCAUGUUCACAUUGGUACAUAGUUGAAUGGCAUUAAAAUAUGAUAGAACAUGUUCAACUGCAUUUGUAUUAACACAUUAUGAUAAUACCUUUGUUGUAGUCUUAACAUGUGGAAAGCAAAUAAUGUGUUAGUCAUAAUUAACAAGGCACAUAUUUUAAAUCUUUCUUCUGACUAAGCACAUUUAUAUUAAAUGUUUUAAAAGAAA